CACUUCAUGCCUAAAUUAUCAAUAAACUCAUGGCAGGAGUUCAUAAAAAAAUGGCUGCUUUUGUCUCUCUGAGCAGUGAAAUGCAAUUAGUUCAAAGCAUAUGUGCAACGAUACUAAAGGGUGGCUGGAACAAUCUCUUAACACCCAAGAUUGGGUCUAAUUUCUCCACAACAACUGUUAACGAGGUACUAUUGCAGCUCUCUUUACACACCCAUAGUCCUUCUCUUUCUUGGACGUUCUUUAAAUGGAUUGAAUCAUCGAUUCCUAGUUAUAAGCACUCUUUACAAUCUUCAUGGACAAUGCUUCACAUUUUAACUCAAUACAAAAACUUCAAGACUGCACAGAAUUUGCUUGAGAAGCUUGCCUAUAAGGAUUUCUUGUCAAAUCAAUCGGUUUUGAGUGCUUUAGUGAGGCUGCAUAAUGACCCAGAUGUGAAUUCUCAUGUUUUUAGUUGGCUUGUGAUAGUUUAUGCAAAUUCCAAGAUGCAACAAGAAGCAAUUCAGGUUUUUGAAUACAUGAGGAUAUGUGGGUUUAGGCCGCAUUUGCAUGCUUGCACUGUGUUAUUGAAUUCUUUGGUUAAGGAUAGGCUUACUGAUACGGUAUGGAAACUUUACAAGAAAAUGGUAAGAGUUGGAGUUGAAGCUAAUAUUCAUGUCUAUAAUGUGUUGAUUCAUGCUUGUUGUAAAUCUGGUGAUGUGGAGAAAGCAGAGAAGUUGUUGAGCGAAAUGGAAUUAAAAUGUGUUUUUCCCGAUCUUUUCACAUAUAAUACAUUAAUUUCAUUGUAUUGCAAAAAGGGUAUGCACUAUGAAGCUUUGUCUGUUCAAGAUAGAAUGAAUAUGGCAGGAAUUAGCCCUGAUAUAGUCACUUAUAAUUCACUUAUCUAUGGUUUUUGCAGAGAAGGUAGAAUGAGAGAGGCUAUGAGGCUUUUUGGGGAAAUUAAAGAGUUUACACCUAGCAAUGUGACUUACACUACUUUGAUUGAUGGGUAUUGUAGAGUGAAUGACCUUGAUGAAGCAUUGAGAUUGAGAGAAGUAAUGGAAGCACAAGGGCUGUAUCCUACUGUUGUUACUUAUAAUUCGAUUCUACGUAUGUUGUGUGAGGGAGGCAGGAUAAGAGAUGCAAAUAAACUCCUAAACGAGAUGAGCGAAAAGAAGAUUGAGCCAGAUAAUGUCACAUGUAACACAUUAAUUAAUGCCUAUUGCAAGAUAGGGGAUAUGAAGUCUGCUUUGAAAGUGAAGAAUAGGAUGGUGGAGGCUGGUUUGAAACUAGAUAAGUUUACGUACAACGCAUUGAUUCACGGAUUCUGCAAAAUACAGGAGGUGGACAACGCAAAAGAGCUUUUAUUUAGCAUGCUUAAUUCAGGAUUAUUUCCUAGUUAUUGUACAUAUUCAUGGCUUGUAGAUAUUUAUUGCAAUCAACACAAAGAAGAGGCAAUUAUCAAACUUCCGGAGGAGUUUAUAAGAAGAGGUCUUUUUGCUGAUAUAUCAUUAUAUAGGGCACUAAUAAGGAGGUUCUGCAAAAGAGAAAAGGUUGAUUGUGCUCAAAGAAUAUUCAAUCUCAUGCAAGAGAGGGGCAUAUUGGGAGAUAGUGUUAUAUACACUAGUCUAGCAUAUGCGUACUGGAAACUUGGGAAGGUACAUGCUACUUCAGAUAUGUUAGAUGAAAUGUACAGAAGAAGACUGAUGAUUACUCUCAAAAUUUAUAGGUCUUUUAGUGCUUCUUAUGCUAGUGAUAGCACCAUCUUAAGUCUCUUCUGGAAUCAUGUAGUUGAGAGACGUAUAAUGUCAAAGAAUUUAUUAGAAGAUAUGGAGGUAAACUAACACUCAUUAGGAACUUGGAUUUCAAUAAAGCCACCGGCUAGAAUUUCAAAUGUUAUUAUUUUAUUCGGCAGCAGUGUGGACUACUCCUCACCUUAGCCUGUGAUGGCAUGUGUUGAUUGGACUAACGAGAAAAAAGUGCAAUACUAUUCUUGCUAGUGUUCUAGAGAACCAAAAAUAUAUGGUGGAAACUUCUUAUGUAGAAUUGUGGAAGUGUAAUGCACACUGAGCUCAUCUUGUCUCGGUCCUUUUUUUCAAUGGAACUCACCAGACAACUAGCUGAUGCAGAUACGGCCUAGGAUGAUUGGACCGGAAUUUGCCCAAAUUACUACAGAACAGCUUUCAGAUCUGCAUCAUGUUUUCAGGGUUCAUAAACAUGUUACAUAUUAUUUUGUCUUGAACUGUCUAUGGUGAUCCCUUCACCCCUUUUUUCCUGUAGAAUUUGAUGCCAUUGUGAUCUUGAGUUGUUGGUCGCCAAGUUAUAUUAACAAAUAAUGUAGCAAGCCUUGUUAUGUGUAGGAAGGAGCACUUUAAGCACCAAUGAGUUUGUCAUCAAGAAGUACACUCGGGUUUUAGCAUUGAAGGAAAUUUUACAUCAUGGGGUGAAACACUCAUAGCACCACUUGUUUUUCUUGACCCAACAGGUACUCGUUGCAAAUCUUCAAAUUUGAAGUGCAAGAAAUUACCUGGACAACUCAUCACCAAAGGUAUUUUAUUCUCUGAAGUACUGAGCGAUGAAAAGUUGCCAUACAAAGCCAUUCAUGAAAAUGGAGGAAGUCCAGAUGUGCUGUAUUUCUUUUGGAAAUAAUAGAAAGUAUAUCUCUUAGAAUUUAUUUUUUGAGUUGGUAUGGACUAUCUUUAAGCAGUGUACCAAAUUUAUGUUCAUAAACAAGCAAAAGAAGAAAAGGACAACUGUAAUGAUAAGAAAAAAGAAACAAAAGAAAAAGAAAAGAAAGCAAAAUCUAGAUUGAGAACCUACAUGAAUGCUUGGAGUUAAUUACAAAUUGUAUGAGAUCUUUCUUAAGCAGCUGAAGCAGUGAAGAACGCUGCAACUGGGACGAACAAUUGAUGCUGGACUGCACAGUUUAUAUAAAUAUAUAAAUAUUUUUAUGUGUAUUUGGGCAUUUUGUAGGACAACUGGCUUUCCAUAUGAAGAAGAGAGCUUUCUUCUUUCUGUGAUUCUCUUCUUUAUGAGCUUAGGGGAUUUUGUUUUAAAUAACAUUUUCCUUUUUAAUGUAAUUUUGAUUUGGUUUAAAACCAAAUAUGUUUAUGUAUUGUUUGUGAAUUAAAGUUCAAGAAUUGUGCUGAAGAGAACAAGUUCUAAACCA